AGAAAAUCAGGCAACGUAGUUAUCAUUUACGAUAAUAUACAGCGGCAUUGUCAUUACCGUCUAUGUUAUUGUUGUAUCAAUAACAUGAUUUCCGUUGGUGUGUUAGAAAUGUAACUCAUUAUCUGUAAAAGUUUCGAGAAUCUGCGAGAUUAAAAAUGGGAUCCAACAUGGCGCUCUCCUUGAAAGAAUUGGCUUCUCUUUUGAGUGUCUUGUCAGAGGAUGCUACACAGACACAAGCCUUCGAGUCAAUAGCUACAAGUUUCCAUCACUAUUUCCAGAAACAAGACCACUUUAAAGUUGGAAGUGCACUGGUGCUGUUGCUACAGAACAGAGAUCUGCUUCCACACCCCACACAGAAAUUAGCAGCCAUCUUUCUCCUGUAUGAGAUGUACAGAGUUGAUCAGCCCAUUGCAGCAAAUCCAUUCGCAUCAGUGUUUGUCCAUCUUUUGAACCCACCCACAGAGAACCAGGAUGAAGGACAAUACAACCUUCAUUGGGCAAUACCCGCCAUCUCUCCCGCAGAGAAAUAUUUCCUCUCACAACUUAUAUCAAGCCCUACCAAAGAGUUAUUUAAGAAAACACCAACACAGACCAUUCAGAUGGAUGUUGGAAAUAUGCAGAACUUCGAUGUGAGUGGUUUAAUGUUGGCACUGACAGAAAGACAUUCGGAGAUGCCAGCUACCAAUAAGUCAGCCAUGCCUGUUGUCGUACCUGAUCCUGAUAAUAAACCUACAACAUUUGAACAGUUUGGGAAGCCUGGUGUGAUCAAUCCAGAUGUACAGAGACAGUGUAUAGAAGCAUUGCUGACAUCAAAUAAACCCCCAGUCGAGAAUUGUAUGAGACCCGAGUUUAUACGACUUGCCCCACCCUUACAUAUAGCAGAAGAUGAGCUUGCAUGGUUGAACCCAACAGAUGUAGAAUACAAUAUAGCCUGGGACAAUACAAUGUGUGUUAGUAGCUCUGUUGGGGCUGAAGUUAGACGGUUGAUGACAAAGGCUUUCAAAGGACCUUUGACCCCGCCACAACAACAACAACUCCUUGUAGAGCUAGAAAAAGACCCGAAACUUGUGUAUCAUAUAGGGCUUACACCAGCAAAGUUACCAGAUCUGGUAGAAAACAAUCCAAUAGUUGCAAUAGAGGUUCUCCUCAAGCUGAUGCAGUCAAAUCAAAUUACAGAAUACUUUUCAGUACUUGUCAAUAUGGAAAUGUCAUUACAUUCAAUGGAAGUUGUUAACAGACUGACAACAGCUGUUGAGUUACCAUCCGAGUUUAUUCAUCUGUACAUUUCUAACUGUAUUACAACCUGUGAGACAAUAAAAGAUAGAUACAUGCAAAACAGAUUGGUACGGCUUGUCUGUGUUUUUCUGCAGUCACUAAUCAGGAACAAAAUUAUUGAUGUAAAGGAUAUAUUUAUUGAGGUACAGGCAUUUUGUAUAGAGUUCAGUCGUAUUCGUGAAGCAGCCGGCUUGUUUAGACUUCUUAAAUCAUUGGACAGUGAGGACCCUAAAGCUGUAGGUCAAGUGAAAACAUCCUAGUUGAUAGUGUAACAAAAUAUGAAUAUAAUAUAUCUGCAAUAUUAGCAAAGUGCUAUUGACUGGACACUGGAGAUACCAUUGCUGUUGCAAGUUCAUUCAUAGGAGAAAAAAAUCUGAAGACUGAAAGAGAUGUAAAUAAUUCAGCAAAGAUGAAGUGAU